GAAUGGCUGAUGCGGAGGACAUUCAACCCCUUGUCUGUGACAAUGGAACGGGGAUGGUGAAGGCUGGAUUUGCUGGAGACGAUGCCCCCCGAGCUGUUUUUCCAAGUAUUGUUGGUCGGCCCCGCUACACUGGUGUCAUGGUUGGGAUGGGACAGAAAGAUGCAUAUGUUGGUGAUGAGUUCCAAUCCAAGAGAGGUAUACUGACUUUGAAAUACCCCAUUGAGCAUGGAAUUGUCAGUAAUUGGGAUGAUAUGGAGAAGAUCUGGCAUCAUACGUUCUACAAUGAGCUCCGUGUAGCACCUGAAGAACAUGCAGUUCUUCUCACAGAAGCCCCUCUGAACCUGAAGGCCAACAGGGAAAAGAUGACGCAAAUAAUGUUUGAGGCGUUUAAUGUCCCUGCCAUGUAUGUUGCCAUUCAAGCUGUCCUUUCCCUUUGUGCCAGUAGACGUACAACAGUUUGCCCUGAGGUGCUCUUCCAGCCUGCUCUCAUUGGUAUGGAAACCCCUGGUAUCCAUGAGACUACCUACGAUUCUAUCAUGAAGUGUGACGUAGAUAUCAGGAAGGACUUGUAUGGGAACAUUGUGCUUAGUGGAGGGUCCACUAUGUUCCCGGGCAUUGCUGACCGUAUGAGAGUCAUUCCAUCUUCCUUAUGCCGUCUACCCUCUCUUAUUGUCGUUGGUGUAGCACUAAACCAGUUAUCAAGCACGAUUCCACCCUGUCUAUACAAUCUCUCAAGUAUCAAGUUUUUGAGUGUGGGAUAUAAUAGUCUCAGAGGGACUGUCCCAUCUGACAUAGGCAGCACUCUUCCCCACCUCAGUUGGCUCGACAUGGCCUUCAAUCAGUUCACCGGACUUAUCCCUUCUUCAUUAUCUAAUGCUUCUGGGCUGUAUCUUAUUCAGCUCCAAAUGAACAAUCUCCAUGGAAAAAUCCCUUGUACCCUUGGAAACUUACAGAACCUGUCAGUCUUGUCCCUUGACGGGAACCAACUAGCAGCCAAGGAGGCCAACGAUUGGAGCUUCCUCACUGCUCUAACCAACUGCAGCAAAUUGAGAGCCCUACUUAUCGACAACAAUAAUCUUGCUGGUGUCUUACCCAAUUCAAUAUCCAACCUCUCCACAGAAAUCCAGGUCCUUGCUUUUUCCAAUAACCAGAUAUCUGGAAGCCUUCCUUCAAAUAUAGGGAACCUGAAAAGCCUGACGGUACUUGGCAUGGAAUCAAACCUUCUCACAGGUAAUAUUCCUGCCUCUCUUGGAAAUCUUAAUGCACUGCAUGUACUGAAUAUGUUUCACAACAAUUUCCUCGGCCAAAUUCCACCUUCACUCGGAAACAUUAGUCAAUUGAAUUGGCUCGAUCUGCACGGUAACAAAUUGAGUGGAAGCAUUCCAACCCAACUUGGAAACUGCAAGAACUUGCAGUCACUCGCUCUCUUUGACAAUCAGCUUACAGGCACCAUACCCAUAGAGAUUCUUAGCCUGUCUUCUCUAUCCAUAGGCCUAUGGUUAUCACACAAUGCAUUACAUGGGUUCCUACCUUCCGAAAUUGGCAACCUUAUAAAUGUCAAUAACCUCGAUAUUUCUGAGAAUAGAUUGUACGGUGCAAUCCCUGAUAGCAUUGGCAAAUGCGUGGUCCUUGUAUACCUUGAUAUGAGUGGUAACUUUUUUGAAGGGUUCAUCCCGACAUCAUUGGGCAAUCUAAAAGGCCUUCAAUUUCUGGACCUCUCAAGCAACAAGCUAUCGGGGAAUAUACCAGGAUAUCUCCAAAUAUUUCACUCGCUCCAGUUUCUGAAUCUCUCUUUCAAUAGCUUUGAAGGCGAGGUUCCGCUAGACGGGGUCUUUGCAAAUAUGAGUGCAUUUUCACUUAUUGGAAAUCGAAGGAUCUGCAGUGGCAUCCCUGAACUGCAUCUACCACCCUGUUCCUCUGCCCAACCGCACGGGAAAAAACAGAGAGCUGCUAUCUCCGUAGUGAUCAUCACGGUUGCCAGUGGACUUCUAGGUUUGACUCUGAUUCUCUUCUUCAUUUUACUUUACUGGAACGAAAAAUCAAGAAAGAGACAUCCAUCCAUGGCUACCAUGAGAACAGAACUUAUUAGAGUCUCUUAUGCCGAAUUGGUCAAAGCAACUGAUGGGUUUUCUUCAGCAAAUCUGAUUGGUGUUGGGAGUUUUGGUUCCGUAUAUAAAGGGGUCAUGGAGUGGGUUGAUGAAAAGAUGGUUGCUAUAAAGAUACAGAACCUUCAGCAGCAGGGGUCUUCAAGGAGUUUCAUAGCUGAAUGUGAGGGGUAA